AUGGGGGAUGUUUCAGAUUUCUCUGGAAAGGAUGGAGCGCUUGCUUCUUCCUGUUUUGUGCUGUACAGUGGUGAAAGCUCUUCCUGUUCGAAGAGGAGGUGUCCGUCUGAGCUUCCUAAGCUCCAGUCUGCUGGUGGAGGAGGAGGAGGAGGAGGAGGAGGAAGGAAUGCCCUCUUGGCCGACAUCCAGAAAGGAACCAGACUUAGGAAAGUCACACAGGUCAACGACCGCAGUGCCCCUGUUGUCGAUAAACCUAAGACCAGCACUGGAGAUGUAUCCAGCAGCGUUGGUGCUUCUCAGGGUUCAUCAGGAGGGAUGGCACCCAUGGGACCCUCUUUGGGUGGGCUAUUUGCUGGAGGGUUUCCUACUCUCAGACCUAUAGGACAAAGAGACUUAGCAGGCAAGACUCCAGUGUCUCGCUCGAGCUCAUCAGUGUCCCUGAAGCCGCUGUGGAACCCACCCAUGUCACCAGACACAAGCAGCGUCCCCGAGCCUCACAGGACGGCGGAGCACCGGAGCUCCGCCCACAGGACAUUUGCUCCUUCAUCCUCUGCUCCUCCCUCUCCCUCUCAUGGCAGCAGGCACCCACCUCCUUUCGCUGCUUCCUCUCCUCCUCCAACUCCCCCUGCCCAUCCCUCUGCUCCUCCUCCGCCUCCCCCACCUCAAGCCUUCAUGGACCGUCCAGCCAACAGGCCUCCGCCUCUCCCCUCCUGCCCUCCCCCUCCACCUCCAUCUCAGGUGACCAAGCCCACCUGGCUCCCCAUCCAGCACUCCCACCACACCACCAUGUCCCAGCCCUCUACUCCGACCCCUCCUCCUCCUCCUCCACCUUUCCAACCUUCCUCCUCCAUCCCAGGGGACCGCUCCUCAGGAUGCUUCUUUCCUCUGCCCCCCUCUCCGGUCCACUCUGAACCUUCUAGGUUCCCAAUCCUGCGGGACAGCCCUCUGGGACCUCCUCCCCCACCUCCUCCUCCCCCUCUCCCGGCUUCUUUCACCCCCACCUGCCCAUCCACCCUUCCUCCACCACCGCCCAAGAUGGCCCCAGUACCGUCCCCAGCCAUGCGCUCUCUGCCACCAUCAUACCCCUGCAAUGCUCCCACGCGACGGCCACCUGCUGUGCCUAGAAGUGCAGGUGUGGGCCGGCUGGCUCCUCCUCCAGCUCCUCCGGCACGUUCUCCCACCACUGAGUUGUCCACCCGCAUUCCUCCCCCUCCCCCUCCACCUCCGCUGCCCCCAUCCAGUCUUAGGAAUGGACACCUGCACAGCCUGGAUGAUUUUGAAUCCAAAUUCCAGUUCCACCCUGUUGAGGAUUUACCUCCUCCUGAUGAAUUCAAGCCUUUCCCUCGGAUCUACCCCAGCAAAGAAAGCAGAGUGAACCCCAAACCACCUGGGAUCAGGACACACCUCAGAUGAGUCAGGCCUCACCCUGUUCUUCGUCCCCCACACACACAGCUAAAAGACUCUGUGUUCCACUUUGUUCUUGUGACAGCUCAUGACAAUCACAUAAUUGCCAUGGACUUAUUUGGAUGCAAGCCCUAUGUGUGAUUUGUUUGUGUUCAGUGUAUAAGUAUGUGAUACAGUAUGCGAGUGUCAAACAGGCUCCCGCCUUAUACUGACUAUGUGACCUCUGACCUUUUCCAGUGUGGAAUGUUUUGAAUGUGUGUGUGGAGGAGGAUGGCUCUCCCUACUCAUACUCAUAAGCUGCAGACAGACUCUACACACACACACACACUCCAAGGACAGUGUCUUCCAGUAGCUAUAUUUAACAAGGCUCUUGACACAGUUUUUAACAGCCUAAGCAUUUCAGUAUCUACAUACGGAAUAGAAAAUUCUGAUUUUAUGUCUUGAGAGUUAUCAAUUUGUCUUGAUACAUACAGUAGCACUUUUAAAGUCGGAAGUAAACCCACAAACAUUAUUAAACACCUGGUUUUAAAAUAGUACAGCUCCUUUAAAGACAGAUGUAUGAAAAAGGUCACCCAGCAACAACCUCUGUACAAGGUGAUGCUCCAUUAGCACUUGUAUGAAUGCGUAACAACAUACUCUAAUAAUGCUAAAUUUUAAAACUGAUGCUUUAAUGCUUGAGCAAAAUGAUUCUUUCUGUAUCUGUAUGUUUUCCUCCUAUAGAGCCAACAAGUCAGCCUAAUUUCAAUUUAAAACUCACUGUGAAAACGGCAUUGCAAGUGAACAGUUUUCACUAUUCACUCGCACAGCAGGGUAUGCUAACUGUGGGGGGGUCAUAAAUAAUUGUGCAUACAGUAUAGUGGUGCUCAUGUGUGUUUAUGUGACUGGUUUCUAAGUACCAAAAUGAUCUACAAAAAUGUAAAAACAAAUGUGAUGUGAAAAUGACUUACAUUGUGAAGAGUAUGGGAAUGCAUCUGUUUUAAGUUACACAGGUGUUGUCUUUUAUAAAUUGAUAAUGAGUGAGGUAUAGCAUUUCCUGUCUCCCACUGUAGUAACUAAUGCUAACACCUGUGAAGACAGUGCCACCUGCUGGUUCAAUGUGUAAUGUAUUACAAGGUAUGUCACAAAUACACCACUGCAUUUUGUUUUAAAAA